GGAGGAAAAUGGCGGCCGCGAAGGCGGCUGGGACAGACGGCGGAGGAGGCAGCGGGAGCUGCUGAGUCGGGCCGGGGUCGAGAGCCCAGUCGGGAGCGGCGGAGGCUCCGGGCGGCCGUGAAAGACUUGCGCGAAAUGGGGAACAAGUUCCUACUUGAACUAUGUCUUAAGUUCUAUCAUGGGUUAUGGAAUUGUGUGCUGAUGAGCCAGGAAGUGGAGUGCUCAAGUGACUAAAGAAGAUGGGUGCUAAUGCUUCAAACUAUCCUCAUUCGUGUUCCCCAAGGGUAGGGGGAAAUUCUCAGGCACAACAGACAUUCAUAGGAACAUCAUCCUAUUCCCAUCAAGGUUAUGGCUGUGAAUCUAAACUUUAUAGCCUUGAGCACGGCCACGAGAAACCUCAAGAUAAGAAAAAGAAAAGUUCUGGCCUUGCUACCCUCAAAAAGAAGUUUAUUAAGCGCCGAAAGUCUAACCGGUCUGCUGAUCAUGCCAAGCAGAUGCGUGAGCUCCUCUCCGGCUGGGAUGUCCGGGAUGUCAAUGCUUUAGUGGAAGAGUAUGAAGGAACGUCAGCCUUAAAAGAGCUUUCUCUGCAAGCUAGUUUGGCAAGGCCAGAAGCCAGGACGCUGCAGAAAGACAUGGCUGAACUGUACGAGUUUAAAUACUGCACCGAUGUCGAUCUAAUAUUUCAAGAGACUUGCUUCCCUGUGCAUCGUGCAAUUUUGGCUGCAAGGUGCCCAUUUUUUAAGACCCUCCUUUCUUCCUCACCAGAAUAUGGUGCAGAGAUUAUAAUGGAUAUCAACACAGCUGGCAUCGACCUGCCCAUGUUUUCUGCUUUGCUACACUACCUAUACACAGGUGAAUUUGGGAUGGAAGAUUCGAGGUUUCAGAACGUUGACAUUCUCAUGCAGCUUAGUGAGGAAUUUGGAACACCAAAUUCUCUAGAUGUUGACAUGCGAGGCCUGUUGGAUUACAUGUGCUAUUAUGAUGUGGUUCUUAGUUUUUCAUCCGACUCUGAACUUGUUGAAGCUUAUGGCGGAAGUCAGAGCUGCUUAGAUGAGGAGCUCAGAGCACACAAAGCUAUUAUUUCAUCGCGUUCCCCUUUCUUCCGGCAUCUACUACAGAGGAGGAUACGAACCGGAGAAGAAAUUACAGAUCGAACACUAAGGACUCCAACCCGGAUUAUACUAGAUGAGUCUAUCAUACCAAAAAAAUAUGUGAGGGUAAUUUUAAACUGUAUGUAUACAGAUUUGGUGGACCUCUCUAUUUUGCACAGCAGUCCAUCAGUAGGGAGUCUAAGUGAGGUCCAGGCUCUUGUAGCAGGAAAAACAAGCAUGACAAAGGCUGAAGAAGCUAUGGAACUGUACCACAUAGCACUUUUCCUGGAGUUCAGUAUGCUUGCACAAGGCUGCGAGGAUAUUAUUGCUGAGAGCAUCUCACUGGAAACCUUAAUUGCCGUUCUCAAGUGGAGCUCCCAGCCUUAUGGCUCCAAGUGGGUACACCGCCAGGCCCUGCAUUUCCUCUGUGAGGAGUUUUCCCAAAUCAUGACUUCAGAUGUCUUUUAUGAACUUUGCAAAGACCACUUGCAAACUGCUAUCCAGUCAGACUACUUACAGGCGAGUGAGCAAGAUAUCUUGAAAUACCUUGUGAAAUGGGGUGAACAUCAAUUAAUAAAAAGAAUUGCAGAUCGAGAACCCAAUUUACUGAGUGGCACAGCUCACAGUGUGAACAAGCGUGGUGUAAAGAGGCGAGAUCUUGAUAUUGAGGAAUUAAAAGAAAUCCUUUCCCCUCUCUUACCGUUCGUCCGCACUGAGCACAUCCUUCCUAUGAACAGUGAAGUACUGACAGAUUCGAUGAAAAGAGGUCUCAUUAGUACACCUCCUUCAGACAUGCUGCCAACAGCAGAAGGUGGAAAGUCAAAUGUAUGGCUGCGACAAAAAAAUGCCGGAAUUUAUGUGAGGCCGAGGCUGUUCUCACCAUAUGUGGAGGAGGCUAAGUCACUUUUGGAUGAGAUGAUGGUGGAGCAGACGGACCUGGUCCGUUUACGGAUGGUUAGAAUGUCCAAUGUACCAGAUACUCUCUACAUGGUAAACAAUGCUGUUCCACAGUGCUGUCAUAUGAUAAAUCACCAGCAAAUGACCAGUAAUCAGUCCAGUCCUCCUUCAGUUGUAGCCAAUGAAAUUCCAGUUCCUCGUCUCUCUGUUGUUAAAGAAAUGGUCAGACGGCUGCAGGAGCUCCGCCAUACUGAGCAAGUUCAGCGAGCUUAUGCUCUGAACUGUGGAGAAGGAGCCACAGUCAGUUAUGAGAUUCAGAUCCGUGUAUUGAGGGAGUUUGGACUUUCUGAUUCUGCUGCUGAGUUGCUGCAGAAUCCUCACAAGUUCUUCCCCGACGAGCACUUUGGAGAUGAAAGCCCACUUCUGACCCUGAGACAGUCAGGCCGAUGUCGUGUGAACAGCACGCCCACUGCAGAAACAGUGUUUACAGACCUAGACUCUUUUGUGGCCUUCCACCCACCACUCCCUCCUCCCCCCCCUCCUUACCAUCCACCAGCGACUCCAGUUCACAGUCAGUUCAAAGUUGGAUGGAAGCAAAGAGCCCAGAGCCAGCACCCUUCCCGUUCUUUUUCUUACCCUUGUAACCAUUCGCUCUUCCAUGCCAGAACAGCCCCCAAAGCUGCCCUACCCAAUUAUUUCUCCAGUGUGAAAGGCACACCUCCAGAUUGCACUAAUACCGCAGGACUGGGAAGACAGACAGUUGCAGCUGCAGCAGCUGUGGUAGCUGCUGAAAAGCAAGUGGGUAUUCAACCUGUUCUCAAUGAGCUGAUGCCAGAUAUUGCAAUGGGUGUGUCAACUAUAUCUCUGAAGGACAGGAGGCUGCCAGAGCUUACAGUGGACACAGAGCCUGUUCUGGAAGUUACACCAGGACCACCUCAGCACAUUUCAUGCAUUCAGACAAGGCACAUACAUAGUUCAAGGAAGAAACAUUCAGCUGAGCAAAAACUGGAUCCUAGAGAGAAUCACCAGGAAUAUCCUGAUUUCUAUGAUUUCUCGAAUGCUGCAUGCAGGCCUUCUACUCCUUCCCUUACCAGGCACACCCCUUCACCUUCCCAAGGUAUCUAUUUUGGCCCAGAUUUAUAUAACCACAAUAAAGCAUCGCCCAGCGGCUUAAAAACCACUCAGUUACCCAAUCACAUCUCUCCUAAAAAGCUAGAAGAUUCUAGGAGAGACUAUGCACUUUCUCAAGAAGGGCAUUCACACAGACAAAAGAAUGAAACGAUACACCUCAAUGUCUUAGAACAACCUCCCCAGAGGUUGGACUUGGCUUUGGCUGCCCAGGAGAACCCUGGGAAUAUAUCAAUUCAUGCAAGGGGACGAACAAAAAUGGAAACGGAUUUAACGUAUGGCCUAACCUCUGGUCGACCUUCCCUGCCUUCCUACAGGGAAGAAAUCCAUGAUGAACCAUCUAGCAGGAGAUUGGCCGACACUGAGCCUCUGGAGAGUGAAGCCCAGAGAAAUGUAGAUUUGGAAAGAGAAGAGGUUGUAAGUAGAGGAAGAAAGUCUCCCGACUUCCUAUACAAAAAAUCUGCCCUCUGAAAACCCUCCACCUCCACUUCUUCUCUGUGCCUAAGACUUGUGAAAGAUCAGUCUUUGAAAUCCCUGGCCUGAAAUUUUCUCAGGCCAGUUUUUUUCCAAUGCCAGCCGCUAUAUCAUUUUUUAAUUAUUAUUUUUGUAUAUACAUGGCUUCAUUAAGAAAUGGCAUGCUCCCAGUUUAUUUGGAAUGCUGCUUCAGGGUUUAUGUUUUCAACAGAUUUUGCUAAAAUUCUCAAAAAUAUAUUUUAACUGGCACCUUUAAAAAAAGGAAAAAUAAAAGGUAGCCUUUUGCACCUGUACAUUAAUUUUAUUAAUUUUUAUAUUGGUAUGUUAAACUUCUACUGUCAUAUUUUAUAGGACUGUAUGUUCAUACUAUUUUGAGCGUCUUUUUUUUUUUUUUAAAGAAAUCAUUUCCUGGUAUUCAGUGUGCAUUAGGCUGCAUACUUGCAUACUUAAGAUGUAUUUUCUUACAAGAUGGUGAAAAUAUCUGUCUUUAUUUUUUAAUGACAAUAGGAAUUCCAAAGAACAGCACACUUACAAAACUGCUCUGGUUAGGUUUGCAACCUUUCGGCUUUACCACUAAUACAAGAAUCCAGUCUAAUGUGUAUGCUCUGUUUACCAAGUCUCAGGCUGCUGAUGUAGCAAGUGCUCAGUAAUGUCUGUGGCCAGGAUUUUCUUUGAAAAUGAGGAGUACAAGUCUGUUAUGAUUUCUGAAAACAUUCUUUUCCUUUUGGAACAUGAAAACUUUGACGGAACACUUUUUAAGCCCUUUGGUUACAGUGCGACGAGUGCUUCAAAUUUGUGACAUUUCUGUAGACGUGCUUUUCUGAUUCUUUUCUGAUUCAUUUUAGAAAGAUACAUAGAUGGUAAGCACAAGAAGGCAAGAAAAGAAUUGUUUAGCAUUUGACAUGGGUGUUAAUGCUACAUUUUGGUAGAACAGUCCUCCUCUGUGGAGAAGUCAAGAGGAAUGCUUACUGCCUUUUUUCUGCCUCUGAAGAAAUAAAGGGCUGCAGUUUUAGUAAUGUUAUAUAUACUUUGUUUUGUGGACAGAAAGCAUAUUUGAAGAUGACUACAACUUAAUGAGCUAUAAACAAUUUAGCACUUAAUUUCUUCAUUCCUCUCUUGGAAUAGUUUGGAGUUUGUUGAAGUUGGUUAAACCAUAUUGGAAGGGAGGUUCUUUUGGGUUUUAUGAACAUAAAGUAGAGAUGCUGUGCGGAUAGAUUAUUGCCACUAAGAAUGGCCAUUUCAGCAGUCAGUUGUUUCAGGUACUUGCCACGUAUUUCUCUUGCAUGGACUGGAAAAAUUUCAGUACCACUGUGUGGUAAUACCUAGCAAAGGCUUGACUUGAUAUGGUGGUUAAUUCUAAAAUACAGCUCUUCCAUCACUUGAACCUUAGCAACAUUGAACUUUUUUUUAACGUUAGCUAACCUUAAAUCUAUUUUUAAAUACUGUACUUGAGACUGUUGAAAUGUACAUUUUGUUUAAGUGUUUUUAAUUAUUUUCUGAGCUCUUUUUUAAAGUCCCCACUAAUCUUUUAGUUCCCAGUCCCAACCCUUUAAGGGAAAACACUGUUAAAAAGGAAUGAGAAUUAAUAGCUUGUCCAGAUAGUUUACACUACAUUAAUUUCAAGCAUUGUGUUACAUCUUUGUGAACUGAAAAAAUAUAUUCUGUGAAAAGUUGAUUUGGUAAUAAGACAGCACUCUGGGGAUAAGAUAAUCACUUAUUGUCACUUGUGAAGCAUCUUGUUAAUGAUCUGGGAUUUAAACAUGUUUUCUGUCAAACGUGUUUCAAGAACGAUGCUUUGGUUCAAUUUGGGCACUGAUAAAAAAUAAUAUUCCAUUAUUUUAUCAUCUUCAGUAGUAGUGCUCUCUCUCUCUCUCUCUCUCCCACACACCCCAAAUUUGUUAUGAUUUCUGAAAAUCUUUUUUCGAACAUGAAACUCAAAUCUUUCUAUGUACUGUAUAUUGGCUUUGUUUUGUAGAGAUCACGGAUAGGACUCUUCUGAUAACUUCCUGGAUUUGUUUACACUCCCAAAACAGACUAUAAAGUCCAUUUUAGAUGUUAAUAUUCUAUUUCAAGUAGGUUUUUUUCCAACUCUACCCAAAGCCAAUGUACUAGUGAAAUGUGAUAGGAUGUAUGGAUGAGAAACUCAAGGCACAAGUGUUCAGUCUCAAUAGUAGCUAUUGAAUUGAUUUAGAUAAUUCAUUUUACACUUUUUUUUUACUGUGAUAUAGCUAAUGAGAAGCAUAAAAACAUACACUCCAUAAGUAAAGUAAGCUAUCAUUUGACAGCAGUUUUUUAGAGGAAGGUAAAUCUGUAUCAGAUCUAGAGACUGUUGUACCACUUUAACAACCUAAGCCUAAAUAUUCCCAUUUGAGCAGAUUGCCUAAAGAGUUUAGAGAGGCUUCAGAAUUCUGGCUUAUUGCCUUUUCCUCUGGGCCACAUAUAAAUGGAACAUUAAUCCCCAUCAACAUUUGGGCUUUGUUAAUUAUUAGUGUAUUUUAAUUCCAUCUCAGUGAAAUAAUCUGUGGAUCUUUAGGUAACUCUUCUACUGACUUUGCAUAAGAAAUUUCAUCUUACCUACCCAUCCUCUUUUAAGAGUCUUCUUGAUUUUAUUUUUUUAAAAAUAUCUGUGACCCAGUCAAUCAGAGGAAUGCAAGGGUUUCCCUCCAAUUUUGUCUAACAAUGAAUUAAUAAAAGAAUUUGUCGUAAUUGAAAUUGCUUUUACAUUCUGGUGAACAGAUAAUUUACUAUGAGAUGUAUUUAAAGCUUUUAUCUUCAAAAUGCAGGAUGCACAAUCAAUCUCACCUCUUCCACGUUAUUGUAAUAAAUGAUUAUGUACCAUUUUUCAAAGUUUUAAGCAAUUAAAAAAAUCUUAAUGAAAUAUUGGAAUAAAUCCACCCAGUCAUUUGGAUUUGAGAUGAGCAAAUAAAUUUAAUAAGUCCCAAGUAUUCUAUAAUUCUGUAAUCACAUGUCAGAGAUAGUUACUGAACUAAUAUAAAAUAGCUUCAGAUUAUUGCUUAUCUUGUUGUAACAGUACCAAAUCUGAUUUGACUGCAUCCUACAAAGGAAAAAGUGGGGUUUAAAUUGUAGCUGGGAUUCAUUUCCAUGCAUAUACAAUAUUUUGAGAAUUUUUAAAUCUUUCAUAGGCACAAGGAACUGAUGCUGCUUCACUAGUGUGAUCAGCUGCAUUUUUCAGAAGACAAAGGGCUGCUACUAUAGAGGGAAGUGCCACACAAGGCAUUUUGGCAUUCGUCCAAUGUGUUUACAAGUUUGUUUGUUUUUUUUUUUUGUUUUUUUGCAAUACUAACAAAGCUACUUCUUGUAGUCCUGCAAGCUUAAAGCAAAAUUGCCCGGCUCGCCAUUUAGUAUAUCUUGUAUUUGAACUUGUCUUCAGUCUUUUUCUGCCUGUUAAGGAAUGGAAAAGGGCUAAUAUCUUCUCCUUCAAUACUUUUGUUUUUACCUUGAAAUAAUAUAAACCCAUUUCCAUCUGUUAUUUGUUAUUUUGAAAAGGUCCAAAGAUACCACUCUUACUCUAGUUACUUCCAAUGACUCUGUUUGUUUAUAUGAUGGAUGGAUAUUUGUGGAGUGUUGGGGAAAGCUGAAGGAUUAAAAACCGAUGUUUCUAUACUUGUAUGUAUUUCUGAAAGAUGUUAAGUGUCCAUGAUAAAAUUCUUGUGCUGUUACUGGUAUAAAAAGUGCCUUCAAUGCUAAAGGCUCAGAAAUUUUCUUAAACCAACUUCAUGUCCUAUGCAAGUGUUUUUUCUACAACCUGCAUAACCAGUACUUUGUAAAAUUUGUUUACGCUUCAAUUGUACAUACUAUUUUUUAAAAAAAUAGAAUUUUUAUUUAGGUACUGCCUAGAAUUGAAUUCUAGUCUUGUGUGAUGCAUUGUAAAAGAAUACAUUUCUCUUUUGAGUAUCAUUAUAAUUGUAAAAAGGUUUUCACUGGUUCUAUUUUUCUACUGUUGCUGAGAAGCAUGUUAACACUGACUUUAUCGUACAUAUAGUUGGUAUUUCAAAUAAAUGGCUUGUCUAGAAAAAUGCAAGUGUAACAUACUUUUCAUUACAAAUGAAACUUUUGUGAAACUUUUUGAGUAUGAGAUUUUAAUUUGAAUGGGCCAAACACACUGCAAUAAUAUUCAUGACCUGCAUGCUUUAAAAGUACCAAUAAAACUCUGAAUUACA